AUGAGCGUCCUCCUGGAAACGUCCUUGGGUGACAUUGUCAUCGACCUCUUGGUUGAUGACUCGCCUAAAGCAUGUGAGAACUUCCUGAAGCUCUGCAAAGUCAAGUACUACAAUUUCUCGCCGUUCUUCAGCGUCCAGAAAAACUUUUCCCUCCAAACCGGCGACCCCCUUGGACCCGAUUCCGCAGACAGCGAUGGCGGAUCAUCGAUAUGGGGCCUGCUGGAGGGGCCCUCGAAACAAACCGUUCCUCUCGAACUCCCAAAGAAAUUGAAGCAUGAUGAAAGAGGCACUGUGAGCAUGGCAGCAGUUCCUUCUCCACAUGAUCCCGACCUUCGCCUCAUCACGAGUCAGUUCAUCGUUACACUUGGGGACAACCUCGACUAUCUGGAUGGCAAGGCAGUGGUUUUUGGCAAAGUGGUGGAGGGUUUCGAUGUGCUUGAAAAAGUCAACGAAGCCUUUAUAGACGACCGAGGGCGGCCGCUCAAAGAUAUCCGCAUCCGCCACACAGUUAUACUCGAUGAUCCUUUCGACGACCCGCCAGGGUUGGUGGAACCGCCGGAGAGUCCCUUGCCGACAAAGGCGCAAUUGGCGACUGUCAGGAUUGCCGAUGAUGAAGAUCUAGCUGAUGAUAUGGAUGAGGCGUCUAUGGAGAACCUCCGACGGGAGCGUGAGGCGAGGGCGCAAGCACUGACCUUGGAAAUGGUUGGAGAUCUCCCAUUUGCCGAGGUCAAGCCUCCAGAGAAUAUCUUGUUUGUCUGCAAGCUGAACCCUGUGACUCAAGAUGAGGAUCUCGAACUUAUAUUUAGCCGUUUUGGAAAGAUUCUGUCCUGCGAAGUCAUUAGAGAUAAGCGGACAGGUGAUAGUCUGCAAUACGCUUUUAUCGAAUUUGAAAAUCAAAAGGAUUGUGAACAGGCCUAUUUCAAGAUGCAGGGGGUCUUGAUCGAUGAUCAUCGCAUUCAUGUGGACUUCUCCCAGAGUGUGUCUAAGUUGUCGGAGAGCUGGCGAAAUGCAACUGUAUCAAAGCGGAGCUCACAAAGAGGUGGUUUUGGUGGAGUAGCAGGCCUUGAGAAGAAACGCCAGUACAGAGCAACCGAAGGUGCUAGGGAACGCGCCAAUUACAACAUGGUAUUCGACAAGAACGAGAACAGGCAAUCUGUGCCUCGCGAGCGGUCAUACAGCCGAAGUCCCCAAAGAAGCAGCUACCGAGAUAGAAGGGAUAGUCGGAGUCCGCGACGAGAUUCUUAUCAGAGCCACCGUCGCGAUAGGUCAUAUAGUCGAAGUCCCCCUGGGCGAGACGCUCGCCGUGACAGGAACAGGGCCGAGUACUACGAAAACGAUAGACGCGGCUACCGUGACGAUGAUAGACAUAGAGACCGCCGACGUCGGUAG